AUGUCCGUGCAGAGCUUCCCUAUGAUACUCCCGAAUUUGGAGCAUGUGCUGGCAGUGGCAAAUGAAGAAGGAUUUGUUAGACUGUAUGACACUGAAGCUCAAUCUAGUAGCAAAGUGAUCUUUAAAGAAUGGCAGGCUCACUCAAAUGCUGUCUUUGACCUUGCCUGGGUACCAGGGGAACACAGAAUUGUCACUGCUUCGGGAGACCAGACAGCCAAGGUGUGGGAUGUAAGAGCUGGGGAGCUUCUUGGCAUAUGCAAAGGUCACCAGUGUAGCCUCAAGUCAGUUGCUUUUUCUAGUUUUGAGAAAGCUGUCUUCUGUACUGGAGGUAGAGAUGGAAACAUCAUGCUUUGGGAUACCAGAUGCAACAAGAAAGAUGGAUUUUAUAGACAGGUGAAUCAAAUCAGUGGAGCACACAAUGUGGUUGACAAGCAGACUCCUUCAAAAACAAAAAAGAAGAGGCAGAACAUGAGAGGUCUUGCUCCCCUGGUGGAUUUCCAGCAGAGUGUAACUGUGGUGCUGCUUCAGGAUGAGCAUACUCUUAUUUCUGCAGGAGCUGUUGAUGGUGUGAUCAAAGUAUGGGACUUGCGUAGGAACUAUGCCACUUAUCGUCAGGAUCCAAUGCCAUUCAAAUCUUUUUGCUACCCUGGGACCAGUACUCGCAAACUUGGGUAUUCUAGUCUGGUCUUGGAUUCCACUGGCGCUAAUCUGUUUGCUAACUGCACAGAUGACAGCAUCUACAUGUUCAAUAUGACAAGUUUAAGGACCACCCCAGUGGCAGUUUUCAGCGGACACCAGAAUUCUACCUUUUACAUCAAAUCCAGUGUUAGCCCAGACGACCAGUUCCUGAUCAGUGGCUCGAGCGACUGCAACGCGUACAUAUGGAAGGUUUCUGAGCCCAGCCUUCUUCCACGGAUGCUACUUGGUCACUCUCAAGAAGUUACCUCUGUUGCUUGGUGUCCUUCAGACUUCACUAAGAUUGCCACGUGCUCUGAUGACAACACCGUGAGGAUUUGGCGUUUACGACGUUGUCCUGCGGAGGAGAAACCGGCAUUCAGCAAAACCGACUUGGUAGGCUGGGUCACGCAGAAGAAACCAGAAGAUCAAGGUAGAGUGGGUCUGCCAGCCAGCCCAGAGAGCACCCCGGCCAAGGUUUGCACUGUGAGCAACCCAUGUAUUUCCUCACCUCGUCCAGCUGCCUGUGCUCCCAGUUAUUCUGGAGAUCUUCCUCUUUCUACAAAUACUCCAACAGUCUCUCUCAAAACCCAAAUGGCCACAACCUGUACACCAGCAAAGCAGAGCAGAGCCAGCCCAUGCGCUUCCCCCAGGCUGAUACCUUCCUCCAAAAUGUCCAUUAAACACUGGGUUACUAGGACUCCAGGCUCAUCUCCUUCAGACGUGGGGAAAAAGGCUCCUUCUCCUAGGAAAGCCCUGGCAGAAGUCACACAAGGUCUCUUGGAGACAGCUUGCACUCCUAAAACAACACACUCACAGCUUGAAAAGCGUGCCAAAAGAAGGCUUGAUUGCAGCAAAGAAGAUGACGUGGGGCAGAAGUGUCUGCAGACCUGUAGCUGCGUGACUGAACUGGACCGUGUGGCUAAGAAAUCCAAGCUAAAUUUAUGUCAUCUGGCUGCAGGCCAAAAUGCUUGUGAGGAAAGUUCUUUAAGUCUGGCAGAGUUGGAUAAUGACCAUGAAGGCUCUAGCCACAGCCCAAAAGAGCCUUCUUUUCCUGGAAGCCCUCUGAAUCCAUCAGGAUUUCAAACUCCCCCUCUUUUCAGAUCUCCUUGCGGGCAAGGGACUGGCAUAGUAGAUAAAGAAAACAGUUCACCUGGAAGAAAAAACUGGCUCUCUGCUCUGGGAGAGAAGUUAAAGACUGGCAAAGCUGGCAACCGGAGUGCAUCAAACAGCCCCCCAUCAUCUUGCAAUCCUGGUGCAAAACGACAAGAGGCAGUGGCCACUUCACCAAGAGCUUUCAGUUUCCAUGAGGAAGAUCUGCACAUACUUCCACAGAAAGCCACAGAACGACUAGAGCGGUGUGUGGCGGUUGUGCUGGUGGAUGUCGACACUGUGGUAUCAAGACCAGAUUUAGCAACAGUGUCAGAGCACGCACAGCUUGUCAGUUCGUGUUACUAUCGUGCUGGUGAAGCCUUCUCUCCGCCCGAGUCCUGUGGGAGCCUUUGCACCCUCUGGAGCAGCGCGAGCUGGGAAGCCUGGGGAGCAGCUCUCAGCACGGGCAGCCCCAAGGCCCUUGGUGCCAAGUGCCGCUUUCACGGCUGGUCCUCUGCUGCAGCAACGACUCCGACUUUUGGCAGGAAGGUUAUACGGGUGGCUUCCUGCAAGAAUGAAAGAUUUCUAACUGGCCUGUGUAUCUGUCUCCGUCUGAUAGCACAGCUGGUGAUUAUAGGGCAUGAAGUAUAG